AUGGGUGUUGCAGAGCUGAACGAAGCUCCAGUGAAGGGCGACGCAGAGAGGAGGACGUCGCCUAGGGUAUCCAUAUCAUUAGAAAUAUCUGUUCUUCAGUUGUGGUUUACUAGUCUAUCAUGGCAAUCUGCUCCUCUGGAAAAUGUUAUCGAAGAGAAGUUAUCAGCUAAGCAACCUGAAGCUUAUGAAUGGUUUUGGUCUGAGCCAAUCCCAGUUGCAGUGACCAGCUUUGUUGACUAUUUUGAAAAGGACCAGCGAUUUACCGCUGCUACUGAAAUAUCCAGAAAAGGCCUGUCCUCAGUUUCCGGGGAUUUAAGUGACAUAUCACUUCUCAUGCUUGCACUUAGUUGCAUUGCGGCAAUUACCAAACUUGGCCCAGCAAAAGUUUCUUGUGCUCAAUUUUUUUCCAUUAUUCCAGACCUAACGGGCAGAUUGAUGGACAUGCUGGUUGAAUUCGUUCCUAUGCGCCAAGCUUACCAUUCAAUAAAGGAAAUUGGCUUACACAAAGAAUUUCUUGUCCAUAUUGGUCCUCGAGCUGCUACAUGUAGAAUUGAUAAUGAUUUGGGCACUGAAGAGAUUAUGUUUUGGGUGGGUCUAAUACAGAAACAACUACGGCUGGCUAUAGAUCGGGAGAAAAUUUGGUCGAGACUCACUACAUGUGAAAGUAUUGAGGUUUUGGAGAAGGAUUUGGCUAUAUUUGGGUUUUUCAUUGCCUUAGGGAGAAGCACACAAUUCUAUCUAUUUGUAAAUGGUUUUGACACUGUUGAUGAGCCACUUGAAGGAUUUAUACGGUACCUAAUUGGGGGUAGUGUGCUGUAUUAUUCUCAGCUUUCAUCUAUAAGUGCUUAUCAACUGUAUGUGGAGGUUGUGUGUGAAGAACUCGACUGGCUUCCUUUCUAUCCAGGCUGCAGCAGUACCUCCAAGCGUUCUCCUGGGCACAAAAAUAGAGAAGGUCCCCCCAAUACCGAUGCUAUUCGCCUAGUAUUGGAUGUGUGCUCUUACUGGAUCCAGAGUUUUAUUAAGUACAGCAAAUGGCUGGAGAAUCCCUCUAAUGUUAAGGCAGCUCGAUUUCUUUCCAAAGGGCAUGACAAGUUAAAAAUGUGCAUGCAAGAACUGGGGAUACAGAAGUAA